CGAUAUAGGCGAUAUAACCUGGUCGGACCAUGCUGCUGUCUGGCUAACAGUCAAAGAUAAUUUUGCUUUCCGAGGAACAACGCCCUGGCGUUUGAAUGACACUCUUUUACAAAAUCCGGAAUUUAGCCACAAGCUAAACUCAGAAAUAAUAUCAUACUUUGCACAAAACAACACCCCUGAUAUCUCACCUGCCACUGUGUGGCAAGCUCAUAAGGCAGUUAUCCGCGGACAUCUCAUAAGUAGAGCAUCCUAUCUCAAGCGCAAGUCAAAUCAAGAUUAUGUACACCUACUUAGAUCCCUUAGAGAUGAAACUAGAGCCCAAAUCUCACAGCCAUCACCGGACAGACAACAACACAUACAACGCAUACAGAAGCAAAUCAAUGAAACACAUAUACUAAAGACAAUGAACAUCAUGCUUAGACUAAAACUCAACUCAUAUACACAAGGAAAUAAGGCAAGGAAGGCACUGGCAUCAACACUCCGACAGAAACAACAGAAUGCCAAAAUACCUUUCCUCUUCAACGAGCAGGGAAACAAAAUGUAUUAA